AUAAUCAGCCAAACUAUGGACAUAGCGGUGGUGUUGGCGGUAUGGGAGGCAUGGGAAUGGGUGCCGGAAUGGGAGCUAUGGGAGCUGGAAUGGGCACCGGAAUGAUGGGUAAAUCAAAGGGAAUGGGAGGACUUGGAGGUCUUGGUGCUGGAGCUGCUGGAGGUCUAGCGGGUGCCGCACUGGGAGCUUACGGUGGAUAUAAAUUAGGAAAAAUGGUCGGCCACUUGGGUCGGGGCGGUAACUAUGGCUACUACGACGACCACUACAAGUAUGUGCGCUGCGAUCCGCCGCCGAAAAUAGAGACGGACCCGGAGACCAACAUUACAUACAUUCCCAAAACGGUUGAAUACGACGCCCGGUGCCACUACUACGACCGACAGCCCCCGCGUGUAUAUCCCGGGUACGAGAACUACGACCGGUAUGGCGUGAGUGGGGCCGACACCCGGUGCACACCCGCCUGGAAUCUGAUCACAUUAAUGGUGACAAUACUGGUGUUUGGCUUCCGGUGCAGGAAUUAUCAUCGAAUUGAGUGGAACUUCUGGUCACAUUGGAUGAUGGCUUGAAUUGGUUGACAU